AUGAAAUCAUCACGAAUCGAGGUCUCGGUCGGCGGUUUCGGUGGGGCAUUCGGCGGUCUCGGCGGCACGGCCCCACCGAAAGCCCCGAAUGUUUCGGCCGUCCGGAAAGGCUCGAUCGCGGGGUUACACGAAGCAAAGGAAGGAUGGCUCCAACCCCCUCUUCACGCGAUCUUGCCCUUUAUCGGCUUUGGUGGCAGGAUGAGUCAAGGGGUAACGGUCGCCCUUGCAGAAAAGAGGGAACGUGACGGGGAAAGUUGGAUUGACGACGCCAUCGGACUCUGUCGCGGAAUUCUGCAUCGCAAUAACGCCCAGCGGGGAGGGAGGACUAUUCCCGCCGCAUUUCUUUUCUGGACACUUUCCGCCCACGGCAGGACCGCAGGAGAGAAGGAGGAGCCGUUAUGGAGGGGGUCCGCGCCUGGCUCUUGGAAGAUGGAAGAUGUAACUUGCGGGAGUUUCCUAGACUUGGGCGCCGACGUCAUCGUUACUGAAGUCCGCAUUGCCUCCAGCAUCACGAGGACUCCUGUGUUCAAGCCAAUAUUGGCUGUCAGAAACCUGUCGAUGUUCGUCUUGUUGAGCAUAGCAGUCUCAUGGUGUUCUGCAGCUUUCGACCCAACUUCGAAAAACAAUGUUGUUGUCUAUUACGGGCAAGGUCCGAAUCAGGGCGACCUAAUAAACCAAUGCCAGCAGCCCGAGAUUGAUGUAAUUGUCCUCUCGUUCGUGCAUCUUUUCCCAGCCCAGGCAAACGGAUACCCUGGAACAAACUUUGGCAAUCGAUGCGGCGGCCAAGUUUACCCAGGUCCUGGCUUCAACGGUGUCAUCGACCCUUCCAAAGAUCAGUUGCAGUCAAAUUGCCCUAGUCUCAACGCUCAGAUUCCAGUAUGCCAGCAGCAGUAUGGCAAGAAGAUAUUGCUGUCACUCGGAGGUGGCGUGGUAUCAUACCAGCUUACAGGCAGAAACGAGGGUGAACUCCUGGCAACUUACUUGUGGUACAUGUUCGGACCGAAAGAUCCCAACUGGACAGGGCCUCGUCCAUUCGAUUACAACGGGCAAGCGGUUGAGGUUGACGGAUUCGAUAUGGAUAUAGAGCAUCCAUCCACAGACAAUUCGGAAGGCUACAUUGCCCUAGUGACCCUUCUGCGUACAUUCUAUGCCACAGCUUCGAAGCAAUACUACCUGACUGGCGCUCCUCAAUGCGUCGUUCCAGAUGCCAACAUGGCUGCGAUGAUCUCCGCCGCCAAGUUCGACAUGAUCUUUGUCCAAUUUUACAACACCCCUAGUUGCUCAGCUGCGACUUGGGCAGCUAGCAACCCAUCCUACACCCCUGGUUCAACAUAUCAGCAAGCCGGGUUCACGUUCGAUGCCUGGGUUCAAUGGCUAUCGAACACCCCAAGCAGAGGCGCAAAGGUGUUCAUCACCCUACCUGGUUCUUCAGAUGCCGCCAAUGCUGGGAACUAUAUCACCCAUCAGCAGGCAAAUAAUCUCAUCAGCGCGUACUACUGCCGGCCAUCUUUCGGAGGCGUGGCUGUUUGGGAGGCAACUCGCGGUGACGGCAACCCCUAUAACGGCAAAUCUUUCCAGGCCACCAUGAAAAUUUGGCUGCAGGGAGCUGCAGCAGACACGCGACUCGCGAGCUGCCAAGCACCAUCAACAACGACAGCAUCUUCUAGCCAACCGACGACAUCGACAACACCGACACAGCCCAAUCCAGGCGAGCCUGGUUCUUGCGGUCCCGGUGUUGGAUCUUGCGGUAGCGGAUACUGCUGCAGUGCAUAUGGAUAUUGCGGGACGACAAGUGCUUACUGCGGAACUGGUUGCCAGCCGGGCUUUGGCACAUGCAGCGCGGGAAGCAGCUCCGGAGGCAGCUCCGGAGGCAGUUCAGGAGGCAAUUCAGGAGGCAGCUCUGGUGGCAGCUCCGGUGGUAGUUCCGGCGGUAGCUCAGGCAGCGGUGGGAGCUCAGGGCUGCCGGUCGCAAGAGACGCAAGAAUGGAUGGUGUGGUAAUUCGGAUCUCUACUGUGGUGCUGGGUGCCAACCCGGUUAUGGCAUUUGCAGUUGAUUUCGAGAGCAAAACUGGGGUCCGAGGCUGUUACGUGAAAUGGGAGGGUGAUGUGCGCAUCAAGCUCUUCCCUGGGCAGCAGGCAGCGAGCACAGAUGCCAUUCUCCACCUGCUGGGAUCUUCCUCCACGACUCCACAGCCUCCCACCGUUCCACUCCAUCCAUCCCACUGCACAUCGCCGAUCCGAUAUUCCAACUUCACUGCCUUACUACGCACGUAUACACUUGCUCUCGAAUUACAACUACCUCUUAUUCAAAGCCCGUUACUGAAACUCUCUAUAGAUGCUGCCGACAUGCAUACUCGAAACACAGAUGACAGAUCCGGGCUCCUCGCCAUACGGCAGUUGACAGACGCCGGAGUUUUCCCCGAAUGUUACCUCAUUCGCGUCUUACGACCAAACCUCUCGGCUCUCGGUGCGCCAUUCGAUAAUGGUGGGGACACUUGGAAAACCUUCUGUGUUGUCGUUCUGACUACUGUGGUAUGCCACCGGAACGUCAAUAAGAAGCUUCUUAUGGCGGGAAAAGAUGUUUCCUAUUACCGGCCAGUGGUGGUUCCCCCGCGUAUGCACGACAACCCUACCGCUAUUGCUGCCGACAUCGCUGCCGGUCUCUCCGCUAGGUUGAUGCGGCCAACGGCCGAGAAAGAUGUCAUCCCCAUGCGUUGGGACCUCGAGCUAAUCUUGGAGCCAUUGGAGCCAAGAUGGGAGAACUAG